AUGCCAUUUUUAGCAUUACUCUUUUCGUUUAUCACAAUACAGUGUGCAUACAUCUUUGCUUCAUAUUGUGGUGAAGAUGCAAUUCCAUUCAGUUUACAAGCAUUGAAAAGUGGUCAACCGGUGCUUGGUUGUGCCCGACCAUCAUGUUUCGGUUGGGGUGUCAAGACUGAUAAAGGUGCUCGAUUUUAUCGGAUCCAUAAGAAGAAUGAUGGAUUUAUGCGUGAUAGUGAUCUCAAGAAAUAUGAUAAAGCAAAAAUUGUGGCACGAAAAUCACAGCUGGCUUUUUGCGAAAAAAAUUAUGCCAGUUUAUCAUGCGAUGAGAACACACAAUGGGUUGGAGGUUUAUCGCCCUCAUCCAAUAUUACUGCACAACCGCUUUUCUUGCAAUGCUGCACAUUUGAUAACUUAAAAAAUUCUUGGGAUCGCGGAAUUGCUGACGUAAGUCCGGGACAAAUUGUUGUUGGUGGUGAGGUAAUACAAAGUGAACGGCAAUACGCUUUCGAUUACAUUGCCAACAUUAAAAAAUAUUUUAAGGAGAAUGGAAGUGUAGCAUACAGCGUAACAGUCCGGCGAUUUUCGUGCCUUCCAUAUCUGACAAAAUCCGAUCUUUAUGUGGAAGACGAUACACUUCCAUAUAUUUUGGAUCGAAUGGCAACAAAUUAUGAAUCGAAUAAUCAAAAACAAAUAAAUUUUGAACAAUCUCCGUUACAGCUUGGUGAUAAAAGAAUCCCAUCAUCUAAUUUUAUGAAACAAGCUUCCUCACAAAAAUUGUUUGCGGAUACCACACGGCUAAAUUCACAACUAAUCCAACCGACUAAUGCGCAAUUAUCUCCAGAGGCUUCUCAAGUUUUCUUACGGCAUUAUUCCAUUUCACCAAUUAAAAAUUACAUAUCUGCAAAUCAAUAUCAAUCGAUAGUACCAUUCAGUACCAAUCAAAACCUGGAUACUUUACCUAUUCAACCUGGACAAUUUGCUAUGACGGGACAGCAAACUCAACAAGUACCGCAGCAUGCUUUCAUAACGCCGCAACAAUUAGGAACGCGAUUAUUCCUUCCAUCAGAAAAAUCAUAUUCUCAACAGCAACACAUUCAAUCACAACAAACGGAAUUGGUUCAACAAUCUGCACUCCCACAAUCUUCGCAAUUUCCAACAUUUCCAUCAUUCAAUCAAUUUGCCUUUUCUUUGCCGUAA